AUGUUGGUGACCCCCCACCAAGCAGACACGGUUCCAAGCGAUUCGACUUCCUCGAAGGCGCCAAUGGCAUCGGUUACUCAAAACGGGACCUCCAAGGCUGCGAUACCAAGCUCUCCGGGGUGGGACAGAAGCACCUGGCCGGCUCGUCCGCUGUUCCCCCCGGGCCCAGCGACCAAACAAGCCAAAAAGCUGGAUCUCCUCAGGGGUUACGGGGUCGGUCACGUCAACAAGCUCCCCGAGGCUGGACUAUUGGGCCGCGGAUUCCAAUGCAAGCCCUGCAAAUCAUACGGGAACACUAGAGAGCGCAUGUACAGGCAGGAUGAUAUGAAUUACAGAGACUAUGUGAGCAAAGAAUUGCGAUGGAAUAUCAUUGCACUGGCCAUGGAAAAGAAGCAUCUUCAUGAACGCCGCGAGGGGAUUUUUAAGCAGACCCAGAAAAUCAACCCGAUUGAUGAGUUGAAAUAG